CCUGGUCGUGUGUUUCCAUCAAUCAAUCAAUCUCCCAUCCUUCGCUGCCUCGUCCAUCCACAUUCUUUCUUGCUUCCCCUUCCAUUCCUUUACCACCCUCGCUUUUCCACUUCCCUUCAUUUUUACUCCUCUCGUUCGCUCUCUCCUCUCCUGCCGCCCCCACCCCUCGCCCGACCUCGUCUUGGACAAGUCGAUCUCGAGAUCCUCCCGCCUCCGUCAAGAAUUCCACCGGCGACGUCAACUCUUCGAUUCUCAACCUGCGCCCCUUUGCGUCUUGAAGGGGGUUUCUGUUCGACCUGAUCCUGCCGCCAACUUAUGUGCCUUGGGUCCAUUUGACGACUCUACGGAGGUCCCGCCGACAAAUGCCAGCUUCCUCAUGAAUUCGACAUCGGGAGCCGUUCUAAUCAUACAAGACGUGACGGACCAUUGAACGCCGUCCUUCUCGUACCAUCCGACGAUAUCUCGUCGAGUCGCUCAUUACACACCGAAACUCCACCCCACGCUCAUUGACAACACCCAGUCAAGUACAUUCGUUACAAAAACACCCUGACAAAACCACUUAACCCAACAACCAAGACUGGUAUCUUUUACAAUCACUUCAAGUCCCUUCAAUUGAAUAUACGAUAAUCGGAAGGGAAUCAUGCAUCCCAAAUCUGCCCUCCUGGCUGCGGCCCUGGGCUUUGCCUCAACCGCCUGCGCCGACCAAGAAAGGCCGAAGAUUUACUUUCCCCGUCACGUCAAACGUCAGUUUACGAAUGCGACGAUAACGAGGCAGGAGACGUUCCCGGCGCCUGAGAGCACCCCGUUCGAGUCUACGUCAGAUUCCUUCGGUUCAUCCUUCGGCGACAUACUGACGAGCCUGUCCGAUUCCCUCUUCGGCCCAUCAUCGACCAUCGCGUCCACGACCCCGUUGCCUACUUCCACUGUUUCUGCCCCCGCACUUGACUCGUCCGCACCCCUCUCGACCCUGUCCACGACUGUUCAAACCCUUCCCGAUGGCAGGGUGACGACCGUCAUUAUCUCGAGCACCGUAGUCUUUGACCCGACAGAGACGACGGACACGACCACACCUGUUGGAUCCACGAGCGCUUUGCCCCCGGUUAUCGUGCUGCCGACGACUAGCGAAACAUCCACCGUCGCGAUUAGUGAGCCGCUCGUGAGUUCUCAGGUUCCCACGACUUCGCAGGCCACGCCGACGCCAUCCGAGACCAGUGCCAUUGUUCAAUCCAAUGGCCCCGAGUCCAGCUCUGUGGAGCCCCUGCAGUCCGCGUCUGCGCCGGUUUCCACCAAGUCUUCGACACCUGUUUCGGUCUCCGAGUCUAUCGCUAGCUCCACGACUCAGGUCACCUCGGAAGACGCCAACACGAGCAUCGAGGCCGUCUCGAGCACCCAGCCUGCACCCACCUCGGAGUCCGAGCCGACCACGUCCGUGUCCUCGUCUGGUAUCCUCUUGGCACCCACGGGUGUUGUGACCCCGACGUCCAACGUCGAGCCUACCACCUCGACAAGCGAGCCUGGACGCACUUCGGUCUCUGACCAGGAAACAUCGUCUAGUGCUGUCGCCCCUAGCGCAAUUCCCAACGUCAACACCACAGAGCCUGAAGUGUCGUCCCUGGCGAGCUCCGUUGUCCUCACUGUAGAGACGUCUUCCACUGCCCUCCGAUCGACUGCGGCCGCCAACAGGGCCUCUGCCGAGACUACUUCCGCUUCCGUCUCGGAGACUAGCAGGCCCACCAACCCUUUGGACCCCAUCGUUUCCUUCAUUUCCAGCGAAGUGGCUAUUCCCACGAACAUUACUGGGCCCAUCGCCAACGCCACUUCCGCCGAGGUUCCUGUCUUCUCCACAUCCGACAUCGUAAUCCCGACGCCCACUGCUCUCCCAGCUCCUACCGACCCUACGGCUACGACACUUCCCGUCCCGACAGAACCCGUUGCGAACGUCACAUCAUCUGCCGAGGCCCCCGCCGACCUAACUACGUCACUGCCUGUCCCGACCGAGCCUGUUUUGAACGUCACAUCGUCCACUGAUCCCCUUGCUGAGCCCACGACCAUUCUCCCUACCACUGACAUUGCCAAUGCCACCUCAACCGAGGUGCCUGUAGGACAGACAACUUCAACCCCCGUGUCGUUUACGGAUGGCAUGACAUCCGUGCUCACAGCUUCGGCCACGGCCACUGUUGAGAUACCUGCCAACAACACCUCGACUGAGGUGCCCCUGACGACCUCUCAACUCCCGACUUUGACCGAACUUCCCACGUCUGUUACUUCUAUCAGUAAUGCCACCGAGACUGACAGCGCAACUGUACCGCCGACUGCUACUGCCUCCCUGUCGUCCACCACUGUCUCCAAUGAAACGGCCACCGCUACGGAGCCCCUGCUUACCACCAGCGAGACCCUCACCUCGGCAACCGAGAUCCCUGUCUCAACCACCGUCCCUGUAAACACGACGGAGGUUCCUUCGGAGACGCCCGUGGAGACUACGCCCACAGCUACACUGCUCUCGCCGACCACCACGUCCUUGGUCAUUACUACUCCCGUGAUCACCAGCAUUCCAGCCACGGCCACCAUCACCGACUCGGAGUCAUGGCUUCCGAGUACCAUCAUUGUGGAACUGUCCACCUCACUCAGCACUCCCACGGAAGCUCUCGCGCCCACGUCGACGGCCCCGUUGCCUUCCGAUUUACCCAAGGUCAUCAGUGGCCCCGAACCCAAUGUUGAACAACCCAAGGACUCCAUGCUUCUCCAGAUUGGUUUCCUGCACGGUGAGAACUAUCAACACGUGAGCAAGAACCCCAACGCUGCCGCCCAAAUUUUCACAUGCCUGCCCAAGGCUCUGGCGGAUGCGGCCGGUCUCGAUAUCAACCAGAUCCGGAUGACGAAGCUCGUCCCAUUCGACACGUCACAGACCCUCGGUUACAUCACCACGCUUGCCAAGUUUUACUACCCCCGCAGUAUGGUGGACACCCUUCGCAUGGACAUCAAGAUCCCCAACUCGGCCAUUUACAACAACCCGGACCAACUCGUCUUCAACCUCACGCAGAACAUCAAUCCCGCCAUUGAGAUUAUUCCGGGCAUGGAGGACGAUGGCAGCUCCACUGGCAAUGAUGGGUCGUCGUCGACCUCAACUCCCAACAACCCCAACGAUCCCUUCGGCGGUAGCGACGACAGCUCCAAGCAGUCUCCUAUCCAGAAGGGCACAGCUGCUGCCAUCGGCAUUGGCGCUGUUGGCGUUGCUGCUGCGUACGGUGCUGCUAUGUUCAUCAUUGCCCGCCGCUAUAAGCAGAAGAAGCAGGCACACCGCCGCGCGAGCUCUGUCACCUCGUCCGAGAUGCGUUACACCGGUGCUGGUAGCCCGCCCAUGAUGGGUGGUGCCUUGAUGAGCCGCGAUUUCUCCAACUACGGCGGAGUCGCUGGCGGAGUGCCUGGCGGCCGCGAGAGUCAUGGCAGUGGUCAGACCGGCCGAAGCGGCAUGGGCAACUCGGCGAGAACAGCCUAUAUCUCGGCGCCUGUCGCUGCUGAGAACUCCCUCGGUUGGAACUGAUUGACGACUUGGACGCCACUUUUUAUCUGUCACAGAUUUACGCUUCGAUACCCUUCUGGAAGAACCUGUUUGAAUGAGAUGCUUGGCAACUGCGUGGUAUACACCGAAGGCAUUUAGAGAGAACACCUCUUACGUGUCCUAGGCCAUGAGCUAUCUGCUCGAAAGACUUCUUUACUUCAUUUGCAUUCUGCCUACAAUACCCUUCUACUUCCGGGCCGAUCCAGGUCAGCCCCUAUUAUCAUGUCCUCGGCGCUGCUGUACGCGACCGCCUCGCUGACGCUGGGUGCGCUCCUUUGGCCGUCAGGGCUUUUUUCCUAUUUUUUAAUUUUUGUAUCUGUGUUGAGGAUAUACAUAUGGGUCGAAAAGUACGACGGGGGAAGCAUCAGAACCAUGUUGAUUCACGACAUGUGCGGAGUUGGAAAGUGGCAGAAAAGUGGCGAUACCCUGGGGAAAGGAUCUCGGCUGGGUUUCCUUGUACAUUUUUAUCCAGAGGCGUAAAGUAAAGACGCUGCGCCUCCACUUCGGUCUUUUUCCCCGCCUGUCAAGUUGAGAUGCGCUCAGGCUCAUCCUGAGGCCAUCGGACAAGGGGUCGCCUUGUGCUUGUAUUGCCUCAGAUACAGCAAAUAGAGUAAGAACAUAAGAAAAAAAACUAUCAAAAACCACUGCGUCCGAAGGUCCAGCGUUACAAUAUAUGCCGACCUGCGCAGGCUGUAAAUAGAUAUCCUAGUCAUUAGCAGGCCAUCGUAUAUAUCCGUUUGCAGCACCAUCC